AUGGGGUCAGAGCAUGAAUACGCAUCCUCGUCUGCCAAAGGAGGGACGAUGGAUGAUUCGCUCUCGGACGAGCAUAAUUCGACAGCCAUCGCAAAGAAGAAGGCACCAUGGUGGGCGUACAUAUGGGAUUACGAGCCCGAUCGCUCCCCAGAGGAACGCGCUUUCAUUCAGAAGCUCGACGUCUUUCUGAUCACAAUGCUGAGCUUCGGCUAUUUCAUCAAGAAUCUUGAUCAGACAAACAUUAGCAACGCAUUUGUCAGCGGCAUGAAGGAAGACCUUCAUAUGAAUGGCAACGAAAUCAACCUCAUCGACACAGCCUGGACCGUCGGCUACGUGGUGGGUCAAAUCCCCUCGCAGAUCGUCCUCACAAAGGUGCGACCAUCCAUUUGGGUGCCCUCUUGUGAGCUGCUCUGGACAGUCUUGACUUUCUGUCUGGCGGCUGCGAAGACUUCGAAUCACGUUAUUGCCAUCCGUUUCUUCGUCGGUUUGGCGGAGUCCAUCUUCUAUCCGGCCGCUCACACGAUCCUGGGAUCGUGGUACAAGCCGUCUGAGCUGGGCAAGAGGGCCUGCAUUUUCCACGCUUCUUCGGCUGCGGCCAGCAUGUUUUCAGGCUAUCUCCAAGCUGGCGUCUACCGUGGCCUCAACGGUGUACAUGGGCUUACUGGUUGGAAGUGGUUAUUUAUCAUGGACGGAGUCAUCAGCUUGCCCAUCUGCAUUGCGGGGUUCUUCUUUCUACCAGAUCUCCCGGAGAACACAAGGGCAUUCUACCUUAACGAGAAUGACCGGGAGUUAGCUCGCAAGCGUAUGGCCAGCGUCGGCCGUGCUCCUCGGACAAAGCUGGGACGAUCUGCUUUCAAAAGGAUCUUUGGAAGAUGGCACGUCUACUUGUUGUCGAUUCUUUACAUCAUCUUCAUCAACAUCGGCCCGUCGAGCAGUGUCAACCCCUUUUCGCUCUGGCUGAAGUCAAGGGGCGAGAGUGUGGAAAAGAUUAACAUCAUUCCUACAGCGGCCUCUGCGGUCCAGCUGGUUCUCACCGUCUCCUUUGCUAUCAUAUCUGAUGCAAUUCGUCAUCGUGCUAGCAUCAUGUCUAUUUCCACUUUUCUUGGCGGCUUUGCAGCCUUGAUUCUUGCCAUCUGGAACGUCCCGGACGGCUUGAAGUGGUUUGCCUUUUUGCUGCAGCGCGCUUCAGUGCCGUAUGGACCGCUCAGCAUGAGCUGGACAAACGAAAUUUGCGGUGCUGAUGCCGAGGAGCGCGCCAUCGUCAUUGGCAUCAUGAACUCGUUGGGUUACGCGUUCAACGCCUGGGUACCAAUCCUGACGUAUCCUCAAGUUGACGCUCCAACCUUCAAAAAGGGCUUCAUCUUCUCGACAGCUGCCUUUGGUGCUCAAGCUGCUAUCACAGCCUCGGUGGCCUACCUCUACAAGCGAGACAAGAAGAAGCAGGGGAUCGCCAAGAGAGACGAAGAAGGUGUCACUGCUCCUGCUUCGGUCCCCGAUUUGAAUUGA